CAAAAAUCGAGCUCUGAGAGUGCUGAAGCUGGUUGGUAAAUAUCUCGAGUUAUACCAAUCCAAAUAAGGCGUGUGAGAUACCAAAAGAAAGCUCUCAAGACGAGGAAUCCGUGAAGGUCUGGUUUGCAUCAAUCGGAGUAGUGGAAGGAUUCCAAAUCGUCCGAUCAAAACACAACCUCGCAGAAACGGAUCUACUCUUCUAAAGAAACGAGUUAGCCGGAAAACACCCAUUCUAGGGGCUGUUUUCGUACCAACGUUUAAAGGUUGAACUAGCACUUUGAGGAGGCUGUUUAACACUCAAUUCCAAGCAAGGAAUCAGUUCUCAAACCUUCUUGGCCGAGGCUUUGGUCAUUGGAUUGAGAAGGAAAGUUUUAAAGCUCAUUUGAGGUUGAGGCUAGAGCUUGCAUCCUGUGCUCGUCGAUCGAGUGAUUCCUAGGAGAGAAGACUUGGUUCGUGCUUCCUCCAUUCCAUUUGAAACAUUAAUAAAUUUGCUCAUGGAUAUUUUACUAUAGAGCCUGCGUGCUCAUGAAAUGCCUUGUGUGGCCUUCUUGUUUUAAACAAUGUUUUCCGCUGCGUUAUGAAUUACUUAUUAUGUUUGUUUAUGGAUGUAUACGUGUGAAUGAUAUUCAAGACGCCUUGUAUAAUAUGAAUGUGUUGGACUAGGGUUGACUAUUCGUAUUGUACGGCGGAUUGUCGACGUGUCCGGGGAGGUCCGGGGCGUGACAGCUCCCCCAACUGGUCGCGGACUUCGUCAACGUAAGGCUCCCAUCUGGCAUCACAAUUACGAUGUUCAAAUAAACACCGUCAAAAUAAACUCUCCCCCCGCCGCUCGGCCAUCCUCGUCGGUUGAUUCAGGUAACCAUUAUUCCAUAUCUCAUUAUGUAAAUUAUAAUCAUUUUUCUGUAUCGCAUCGUGCGUUUCUUGCAGCGAUUUCUGCUCAUAAGGUGCCCUCCAAUUUUCACGAAGUAGUCCAUCAUCCAGAAUGGAGAGCAGCCAUGCAACGAGAAAUACAAGCUUUGGAACGUACGGGCACUUGGCGAAUCCAAGCCUUGCCUCAUGGCAAGAAGGCUAUAUUCUACAAAUGGGUCUACAAGAUCAAGUACAAAUGUGACGGGACGGUUGAUCGAUACAAGGCCCGGCUCAUAGUAUGUGGCAACAAACAGGUGUAGGGAAUCGAUUAUACAGAGACUUUUGCUCCGGUUGCUAAAAUGGUGACCAUACGCACCAUUUUGGCCGUGGCUGCUUCUCGGCACUGGGAGUUGCACCAAAUGGACGUGGAUAAUGCUUUCCUGCAUGGGGACCUUCAUGAAGAGGUGUACAUGCAUCUCCCACCUGGCUACUCAUCUUCCACUCCGGGAAAGGUGUGUCGUUUGCUUCGGUCCUUGUACGGGCUCCGGCAGGCACCAAGGUGUUGGUUUUCUAAGUUGACGACUUCUCUUCGAGCCUAUGGUUUUUACCAAUCCCAUGCAGAUUACUCUUUAUUUACACUCCGCAGAGACAGUCGUAUUUUGUGUGUCUUGAUUUAUGUUGAUGACCUUUUGAUUACAGGAAAUGAUCAUGGCAUGAUAGUUGACUUUAAGAGUUAUUUGGCUCGUUCAUUUCCUGUUAAGGAUCUCGGUCUCAUGAAAUAUUUUUUGGGUAUUGAGGUUGCCCGUAAUCCUACUGGUAUUUUUUGUGUCAACGCAAAUAUGUGUUGGAUAUACUUGGCGAAACCGGUUUACUUGGCGCUAAACCCGUUACAUUUCCUAUGGUUCAAAAUCAUGGGUAACAGUCUGACACUGGGCCAUAUUAUUCUAAUCCUGAGCAAUAUCGGCGACUGGUUGGGAAACUUAUUUAUCUUACAUUAACUCACCCUGAUAUUAGCUACUCCAUUCAUAUUCUUUCUCAGUUUAUGCAGAAUUCGUGCAUGGCUCACUGGGAGGCGGUAGUACGUGUACUGCGAUAUCUCAAAGGUCAUCCUGGUCAAGGAAUAUUACUUCGGGAUGAUUCCAUGCUUACUUUAACCGGGUUUUGUGAUUCUGACUAGGCCAGUUGUUCUCUUACGCGGCGUUCCGUAACUGGGUAUUUUGUUACUCUUGGAGGAUCUCCUAUUUCUUGGAGAACAAAGAAGCAGACUAUAGUUUCCCGUUCUUCUGCUGAAGCCGAAUACCGUUCUAUGGCCACUUUGACGUGUGAACUUAUUUGGUUAAAAGGUUUACUUCGUUCUUUAGGUGUCAUGUAUUCUUCUCUUGUCAAGUUAUUUUGUGACAAUAAAGCUGCUAUUCAUAUUGCCUCAAAUCCGGUCUAUCAUGAAAGGAUCAAGCACAUUGAACCUGACUGUCACUUUAUUCGGGAUCAUAUUCAGUCUGGCACUAUUUCUCCUGUUUAUGAAUCUACCACAGAGCAACUGGCUGAUUUGCUCACUAAAGCUCUUGUGGCACAACAAUUUUCUUACCUGCUAGCCAAGAUGGGCAUUUGUGAUCCCCAUGCUCCAUCUCGAGGGGGAGUGUUGGAGAUAAUAUUUUUAUUAUUUAAAUAUUAUUUCCAUUAUGAGGCACGUGAAUGUCUAGAUUCAUCCAUCGAAGAGAUAGUGCAGCCGCUAAGGAUUUCUGUUGUAUUGAUUAAUAUUUAUCAUGUACUUGUUUCCUACUUUUUAGGAUGUAUAGCGCAAUAGUUGUUGUAUCUCUUUACGUAACUUAAAUGUAUAUAUAAUGCAUGGCAUCGGCUGAGAUGACCAGACUUCGAAUACAAAAAUAUUACUUCC